GGAUCUUCUGGCUCGACGAGGAGAUACCAUCAUACCAGCGCAUGACACGGACCUCCAGCUCUGCUCCUAUCAAAGUUUGCCCGCGGUCGUGCUUCCGGAGCUUUAUCCCUUCGAGCCGCCCCAAUGAGUCUUCGUCGCGUCUCCUAUUUCGGCCUCCCUUCCAGCAUCCCCACCCUUUGGCAGUUUGCGCGGGCUCCCACCCUCUCUUACCGUGUUAAGGAGAACAGUGCGCCGCUAUUGAGUGAGGAGAAGUGGGACGAGUGGUGGGAGAACUAUAUCGAGCUCACUUUCUGCCUACUGGAGAUAGAGUUCCGUUUGUCAGAGGCGGCCCCAUUCGGAGAAGGACCGGAGCACAUAGAAGACAGCGUGGAGUUUCUGAUCAUCCAAGCCUGGAGGACAGCGGAGCAGGGCGAUCUGCUGAGAUUUCUGUUCGGGAAGGUGGAGGAGGGCAAUCUCACCUUGAUCACGGAUGAGUUGCUGGUGUUUUUGACUCAGCUGGCGGACGAUCUGCCCCUGGACAUCUUGUCGCACAGUGACAAGCAGCCUGGCACUCACGUGCUGUCUCGAACGCUCGAGCCGCACCUUGUGUGGUCAACGUGCACGGAAAUCGACGAGGACAAUUGUCUCUAUUCCUCCCAGGCGCUCUACUUGGAGGUCGACGUUACUGAUCUCACGUUUUGGGACCCGAUUGCGAGACAAAACGUGGCGCAGGACAAGGAGAUAAGGAGAGCGGACGAAGAAGAGGAAGAAGAAGAGUCAUCGAGUGAGGAAAGGGACGAUCCGGACUACGUACCGGAUAAAGAGGCAGGGACAGCCAACGAAUCAAACCAGCCGCGGGCGCAGGACGAGGGGGUGGAACCAGAAGAAGACAAAGGAAGCGGGCUAUCAGGAUCAGAGUGCGAAGGAUUCGAGGCUGAAGUGCGCGACGCGGAGCGAAAACGAGCGCGAGAGUGGAGGAAACGGAAGCACCAGGAAACCGCGGAGGGAAAGCGACCCGCAACAGACGUGUCCUCUGUCGAUCUGUCGAUCGGGGAACCGUGGCGUGAUCCAGAGCUGCUAGAAGAGGAAGACGAUGGAACCACAACAGAGGGAUCACGGAGCCGAAGAAGAAGAAGAAGUGAAUCGUCAGCUCCCUCCGGCUCCCCGUCCCGAUCCUCCCUUCGUCUACAUCAAGAUCUCGACGUUCGGGCUUCGUCCCCGGUCGUUCUCUCGCCGACCCCGUGACUACCUCAUGCUCACCUGCCUCCCCCAUAGA